AAUAAUCUUCAAUAAAAUGGUACAGCAUGCGAACAAAUAGCAACACUAUAAUAAGAUGCGGAGCGCCUCGCUCGUAUCACUGUGUGACCCGACGGCGACGACGCUGGCCGCGGGCCUCGAUUAGUUUUUUUUAUGAAUUAGAAAGUGAGUGAAAAUUAAAAUGGUCGCGAAAAUCAAAGUAGACUUCGAGGAUGCUCUGACGUUGGCAGGUUUCGGCAAGUUCAACGUGGUGCUGACGCUGGCGACGAUAAGUGUGAUCCUGAGCAUGACCUUCGAGAUCUUCUCCGUGUCCUACCUGGUGCCCGCUAGCGCCUGCGAGCUGAAGACGUCAGUGCCGCAGCAGGGGCUCAUGGCCGCUGUUCCCAUGUUAGGUAUAAUCGCCACGUCACACAUUUGGGGAUAUUUAGCGGACACCAGAGGAAGAACGACAGUUCUCGCCUGGUGCAUGACAUUAAGUUUCAUCUUUGGAUCUCUUAACACAUUGGCACCUAAUUGGAUAGUUUUUAGUGUUUUGAAGUUCUUCUCAUCAUGUGCCAUCGCUGGAACAUAUGCCUUAGCUAUAACCUUGCUCAGUGAAUGCACUUUAGAGUCUUGGAGAUCUAAAAUGGUGGCACUAACAAGCACCGUCUUCUUGGGAAGCACAGCGACUAUGGCAAUACUCUCCGUCCCAGUUCUUCAGUUGAACUUCUCUUACGACAUACCAGCUCUGGGCAUAACCUUUAACUCUUGGCGUCUACUCAACCUGGUGUACGCUUUACCAUGUGCCAUAGGGACCCUCUGUAUGUACCUGUCCUAUGAGAGUCCACGGUACUUGGUGAUGGUUGGAGAAGAAGAAAAAGCUCUGGAGGUGCUGAGAGGAAUAUUUUCAAUAAAUACUGGAAAACCGAAAGAGGAAUAUAAGGUUGAGUCAGUAGCUCUAGGUGAAGAAUCUGGCAAACCCACCAAAGGACUCAUAGCAUCGAUCAUAUCCCAGACCGUGCCACUAUUGAAGCCUCCUUUACUCAAGAAAACUAUCCUACUCUCGAUCAUGUUCAUCAUAGUUUAUUUCGGGAUAAAUCCUUUCAUUGUGUGGCUGCCAUUCAUAGCCGAUGCCAUUAUGACGUCCAUAAGGAAUGGUGAUAAGGAUUUCAAGAUGUGUGACAUGAUACGAUCGUCACAGAAUGCUACUGCUGUUGCAGUUGAGGCUGAAAAUCAAGACUGUAGUUUAGACUCGUACGCAAUGAUGGCCGUCUUCGGGACCAACACUAUAUUGGCUACCUUGAAUAUUGGUCUCAGUUCGCUCAUAAACGUCGUCGGAAGGAAAAGAAUGUUAAUUGCUAUUCAGUUUUUUGCAGGUGCAGCGGGUCUGUGCAUCAACUUGAGCUCUAUCUGGCAGCUCAACGCCGUCCUGUUGGUCGGCUACGUCCUCGGUGUUCUCAACUUCGGAUACAUAUCCACCAUCUGCGUCGAAGUCUUCCCAACAUACGUAAAGGCUAUGGCAGUGUGCCUGACUCUCAUGGUGGGUCGAGGCAGUUCGGUGCUGGGCAUCAACGUUCUAAAGAACAUGAUGGUGUCCAAUUGUGAAGCAGCCUUGUACAUGUUUCCCUCUCUAACUUUUGCCGGUGGUAUAUUCGCAUUUUGCCUUCCUGGGGACAACGAAAAACCACAGAAAAAAGUUGAUGACGCCGAAACAUGAAAAGCAGUGGCUGUCAUAAUAUUAGGCAUUUGUUCAUAGACGUAGGCGUAGGAAAUACUCAAAAUUAUUUACAGUUCUCAUAGCUGAUCUCAAGGCAAGCGUUGUCUUGAUAAAUGUGACUACAUUAUCCUUUAAAUAGUAUUAUUAGUAGAAUUAUUAAAUAUAGGAUAGUUAUAUUAUCAUUCCAAGUAUUUAUAUUGUAAACUCUGUACUAAAAUAAACUUAGGGACAGCUAAUGCUUUACGCAUGCUGUCUUUACCUGUCUUGAGUUUUAAAUGGAAAACAUAUAACAUGAAAGAUAAUAAUUAAUAAUAAUAUCUAUGGACAAUUUAGAUUUGUGCAGGCGUUUGUAAAAAUAGGUUUGAUGAUGAAUAAAGUGCACGUGUUCACGCCCACCCAUAAAGUUAAUAUAGGUACCUAGCGAAAUAGAGGAACAA